AUGUGUUUCGGCUCGGGACUUUUCGAUGGCAUAAAGCCACAUCCACCUUCUCGAGAAAAAUACAAAGACCAGAAGAAGUACCAGCGAGACUAUGCGCGGUACGAACAGAAGUUAGAGGACUACAUGAGCAACGUUAACAGACGGAGGAAACUGGCGAACUCCAAAGCUGGGGCUACGGCAGGAGUGACUUUCGCUUUGGGUUGA